GAACCCUGAGCAUCCUCUUCAUCAGACUGUCGCUUCAUCUGCUGUAAGACAGACCACUACAGGAGAUCUUUCCUGUCCGCAGCCAUCAGUAUCUAUACCGGGGAAAACAACAUUUGAUACACUGCCGAUUUUGCAGGUUUUCCAACUUGCAAAGCAUGUAGUCUUUAAUUUUUUAUCAUACUCAUUGACUUUGAGUAACAGAAUCCAAAACAUUGUGUGAUAUUUACAUAAUUAAUUUGCAUUUUAUUGCAUGACAUAAGUAUUUGAUACAUCAGAAAAACAAAACGUAUUAUUUGGUACAGAAAAGUUUGCAACUACAGAUAUAAGAUGUUUCCUGUAGUUCUGGAUGAUGUUUGCACACACUGCAGCAGGGAUUUUGGACCACUCCUCAUGAUCAUUGAUGCUCCAUGAGGUGAGAUCUUGCAUGGAGCCCCAGACUGAGGGAGACUGACCGUCAUCUUGAACUUCUUCCAUUUUUCUUUUAAUUGCGCCAACAGUUAUUGCCUUCUAACCAAGCUGCUUGGCUGUUUUCCUGUAACCCAUCCCUGCCUUGUUCAGGACUAAAAUGCUAAUUAAUUACUUAAACAUCACACAAUGUGAUUUUCUGGAUUUUUGUUUCAGAUUCCGUCACUCACAGAUGAAGAGCAUCUAUGAUCAAAAUUAAAGACUUCUACAUGCAAAGUCGGCCGUGUAUCAAAUACUUGUUCUCUCCGCUGUACAACAGCUGUUUGAAGAAACCUGUAUGAAAUGAUAUACAGCAACAGUUAAUUUCCCUUUGGGAUAAUUAAAGUUUUUUUUUUUUUAUUAAUAAUCAUAGUCAUAUAUUAGUGAAAAAAUAUAUUUAGUCUGCUAUGUGAGUGAGAUUAACUAACACAUAUGCUACCAAAUUGUGCUCAAAUGGCACCUUUGGUGGUUAGGAGGAAGGUAAGGAUGUGAGUUGUAGAUCUUGUGCUGUCUGAUGGUGAAGAAAAACCUUGGCUGUUGCUCCAGUAGCCGAACCGAAGCAGAGACACUCGCUGAAGUGUACAAAUAUACAGAAACAUUAAUAAAGCAGAUGUUUUCGUAGACAUCUCUAAGAACUAACGUAUAAUUAUACUGAGAAGCAGAUGCUGACAUUGGGUAAUAAUUGAACAGGUGAAACAAUGUCUGAGCAGGUGAGCUUUAAAAAUAUUUUUGUAUUAGGUACAUACCUUUCUUAAUCUUUGUAUCGAAUGAUAUGAAAACAUUUAUUUCUAGAAAUGUAUGUUAAUAUCUCAUGUGCACUUUUACAUAGAGCUGAACAGUCCAGCCAAAAGAACUAGUGCAUAUAAACUAGAUACGUAGCAUUAUACAUUGGUCAGUGUGUGAUCUUGCAAGGCACUUCACCAAAUUUAUUAGCACGUAGAAAGACUAAAGGGAAUGGUUUACAUUUUGCCUUUGGCUCUUUAACGUCGCCAUGGCAACAGCACAAGGUGUGUGGUUGCUAUCAAUGCCUUGGUUGAAGGUAGACAAGAAUCCCUGGGAUGGAUGGAUAAAUUGUAAAGGAAGCAUUAACGCUACUACUAAAGCUAAGUUGAGUAGUCUUCCACCAGAGAAAGGAAAUGGGCAAUUGUUUGGCAAACACCAAAUGUCUCUAUAAUUCAUUAUAUAGAAUUGUUUGGACAUUUUCAAAGAUCAAAACACCUUUGCUACAGUGUAACAUCACGUUUAUUCUGUGCAAUCUGGUCAAAACUUUUAUUUUAAGAAAAAGCCUUAUAAAGCUGAAUUAUUUGGUUAUUCUCUAAUAACUUCUGACCUGUUUUAAAGUUUAGUAUAGUGGAAUGUAUGUGCAUUAGCUUCUAAAGAACACAAACAAAUUUAAAAAAUGCCUUGAAAAAAUCCCCCUUCUGCCAGGUGAUGAUGUCAUAAAGCACACUUGCUGUGUGGUCGGUGCUUGUCAAACAUUCUAUAAAAGAUCAAAGCAAGCUUCUUUCAUAACUUGCUUUAGACACGCUAGCAUCAACAUCAGAUUGAGAGAGCAAUCACAGCGAUAUUUUUACAGGUUGAACGAACCAGAGACAGAAGCAAGACAGAGAUGAAUUACUUUGAAUUAAACGGCAAGCCUUCCAGGAUGGACCAAACUAAAGAAAAGACACAACAUGCAGAAAGGAAGAAACCAUUAAGACAUGAGACACAAAUGCCCCAAAACCCAUCUGAAAACCAGAGAGCUGGUUUGAAAAAUCAUGAACAAGCUUUUUCAAGCAAAAGGCAGAUAAUUCUCAGUCAGUGUGUGAGUCAUCAAAGUAAGGUUGUUCCAUGUGAUUUACAACAUAAGCCGAGUAAGCCAAAGAAUACUGCUCUUGAAGUAGACAGACAUCGCGAGAAUUGUAAAAAAAUUGUGUAUGAUAUUCUGGUUGAUAUAGGGAAAAAAGAAGCUUUCAAGCUGAAACAAAGGGAGAACAACCUACUUCGAACUGCGGAAGACAAGGAAUUGGCUAAGAAAUUUAAAGAAAAACAGAUGAAAAAGAAGGCUGUGGCAAAGAAGCCUCUGGAUGACACGUCGGCUUGCAAGAUAGGAUCUAAAAAGCAGACAGAGAUGGACAUUUACUGGAUUGAGGAGCAGGAAACACAGAUACUCAUCACAGACAAUGAAUUUGAGUUGGACCAAGACUUGGAGAAACCAAAUAAUCAUUUACUGACAACUCUCUCAAAACAUUCGAACCAAAAGUGUGUCUCCAGCAUAACACAGAGGGAAACAUGCCAGCCUGUUAGUGAGGGAAGGAAAGAUGUUAAAUCCAUAUUAGGGAUUCUGCAAAGUGAGCGCAAGAAUACCCUUCCAGAAAAGGACAGAUUUCGCAACAAAUGCAAAGAAAUUGUGUAUGACCAACUGACCGAUAUAAAGAAGAAAGAAGCUGCCGACAAGGCUCUUAUGGAGGAAACCCUAGUUAAAAAUAUGGCAAAGAAGGAGAUUGCUUUAAAACUACGUGACGAAAUGGACAAAGAAAAACAGGCUGUAACUAAAAAGUUUCUGUUCAACGCAUGGGACGCACAAAUUCAACAUAAACAGCAGAAGAAAAGGGAAAUGGCUGAGAUUGAAAGGAAAGAGAGGCAAGAUGUAAUUGAAUCAGAGAGGUUGUAUCAAAUUGAGCAAAAUGAAAAGAGGAGAUAUAAAUCUCCUAACUUGUGUGAAGCUAAUUCCAACCGUGUUUCUGUAAAAGAUGAAGGUUACAAACAGUUGAAAAAAGCGGUGUCACCUCAAAAACAGCAGAAAAUCAUCGUGCAGGAUGUGUUUCAGUUUGAGUACACGAACGAACAAAACCUAAUGCAGAGGGAAACAUGCCAGCCUGUUAGUGAGGGAAGGAAAGGCGUUCAAUCCAUAUCAGAGUUUCUGCAAAAUGAGCGCAAGAAUCCCCUUCCAGAAAAAGUCAGAUUUCGCAAAAAAUGCACACAAAUUGCGUAUGACCAAUUGACCGAUAUAAAGAAGAAAGAAGCUGCCGACAAGGCUCUUAUGGAGGAAACCCUAGUUAAAAAUAUGGCAAAGCAGGAGAUUGCUUUAAAACUACGUGACGAAAUGGACAAAGAAAAACAGGCUGUAACUAAAAAGUUUCUGUUCAACACAUGGGAUGCCCAAAUUCAACAUAAACAGCAGAAGAAAAGGGAAAUGGCUGAGAUUGAAAGGAAAGAGAGGCAAGAUGUAAUUGAAUCAGAGAGGUUGUAUCAAAUUGAGCAAAAUGAAAAGAGGAGAUAUAAAUCUCCUAACUUGUGUGAAGCUAAUUCCAACCGUGUUUCUGUAAAAGAUGAAGGUGACAAACAGUUGAAAAAAGCGGUGUCACCUCAAAAACAGCAGGAAAUCAUCAUGCAGGAUGAGUUUCAGUUUGAGUACAACACGGACGAACAAAACCUAAUGCAGAGGGAAACAUGCCAGCCUGUUAGUGAGGGAAGGAAAGGCGUUCAAUCCAUAUCAGAGUUUCUGCAAAAUGAGCGCAAGAAUCCCCUUCCAGAAAAAGUCAGAUUUCGCAACAAAUGCAAAGAAAUUGCGUAUGACCAAUUGAACGAUAUAAAGAAGAAAGAAGAUGCCGACAAGGCUCUUAUGGAGGAAGCCCUAGUUAAAAAUAUGGCAGAGCAGGAGAUUGCUCUAAAACUACGUGACAAAAUGGACAAAGAAAAACAGGCUGUAACUAAAAAGUUUCUGUUCAACACAUGGGAUGCCCAAAUUCAACAUAAACAGCAGAAGAAAAGGGAAAUGGCUGAGAUUGAAAGGAAAGAGAGGCAAGAUGUAAUUGAAUCAACGAGGUUGUAUCAAAUUGAAAAAGAGAAAAAUAUCCAGCUGAAGAGGAAAAAACAGGCUGUUUAUUGUGAAGCCCAGGCUGCUUUACUAGAUGCAAGACCACGGAGAAUUAACAAUCUGUCAAUCAUUGGAAUGAACGGGGCAUUUCCUCCCCUUCCUCCAUUAUGUUUCAGUGUCAAAUCUAAUAAAGAUUUUAAAACUGUUGCUCCAUUACCCAAACUUAAUACUGAUCAUAAUUCUUCACUGAAUUCUCAACAAGUCAACAAGCCUGUCAAACUGCCACCACUGAAUCCCAAACCUGUACCCUCUGCACUUAGAAAAGGGACAAUAAACAAACAACCUUAAAACUUCUAAAAAUUCACCCACCUCUAAAAUCUCUUCAUUUUUAGUUUAACAGAAGUUACAAUGAUUAAACAUUAACUCUUUUUAUACUUAUCAUCCACUGCCCAAAUGGAAAAUACUUUUGCAGUAUUUUACACUUAUUACCUUUUUCUACCUGUGUCGCCUUGCGUUUGAGUGUUGGUCAGUGAAAAUGUGAGGGGAUGAAAGGAUGCUUUGAUAAGCGGCUGGUGCAUUUAGUCAUUGGUAUUCAGCACACAGAAAGGAUUGGAUGCAGAGGUUCUUCCAAUCUCCCUUCACUUUUCUUUCUCUGCAUGUCUGAAAGCAUUGGCUUGAAAAGCUUUUUCAAUCUUACUUCUUGGUUUUAUAUAAUUGUUUUAUAUUAGACAUUCACUGUAAUUUGCAAAGUUAAAUGAAUUCUUCUCUUUUAAACAUGGGUUCUCGCCAGGUGCUCCGGCUUCCCCAUAAAAGCCUACCAACAUGCAUUUUAGGAAUAUUGGAAACUCUAAAUCGCCUUUAGUUUUGAGUAUGUGCAUAGUUGUUUGUUUGGUUCUGUUUUCCUUUGAUAUACAGAUCUUCAGAUGGCGACCGAUCCAUCUGAAGAUAGGUACCAGCCACUUCCCUGUGACCAUGCACGGAUAAGGCGGGCAUCAAAAAUGGUUGAAAGAUGAAAACAUACACAGGAGUAAUAGAGCACCCCCUUUUGGAUGCUUAAAUUUGUUGCAGUUUUUUCGAGAUGGAAGAAUAAGACUAGAGUGCAGCCUUGAUUGGCUCAUGUCCGGCAUAGCAACUUGUAUGUGUAGAAUGACAGAAGGUGAAGGACACAAUUUUCUUUAUUUCUGUUGUGUUGAACUAUGGUGUGUAUAAAUAAAAUGAGGUCAGUAACUUAACUUGUCUAAAAAUUCUUUUAGAUUCCAGAUUACAAUAGAUAAGUAUUCCCAUAUCCACAGUAAAUGUAAAAACGUAAAUAAAAAAAUGCUAGGUUUAUUCACGUAAAAUUCAUUUUGUUGUGCUGAGCCUAUUUUUUUAAACAGCCCAGACCUAAAUUAAAUUGUAGAGA